AGUGAAAGGCUGCUAAGAGCGACGACGCUCUGCGCAGGUGCGCUCUCCGACGUUGACAAUCAUCCGGUGCCCUUCAGCCAAGAACCCACGUCCUGGCGGUGGCGCACGCGCAGCCUCGGUUCCUGUGCGCGGUGGGCGUCGCUGCUGGUCCCAGGGGGCGCAGGGGCCGCCGGGAAGAUGGCGGGGGCGGGCGCGGUAGCUGUGUCGCUUAGGCGGAGGUGGGGCUGGGCGGCCGUCUCCUUUGGCUUACACCGUGGCCUCCGCGAGGUACUUGCUCGGCCGCCCGAACAGGCGCCACGGUGCCUCCCAGCUUGCAGACAAAAGACAUCAGUCUCUUUCCUUAGUCGACCAGACCUUCCAAACCUGGCUUACAAGAAGCUAAAAGGCAAAAGUCCAGGAGUUAUCUUCAUCCCUGGCUUUAUUUCUAAUAUGAAUGGUACAAAAGCACUGGCGAUUGAAGAAUUUUGCAAAUCUCUAGGUCACGCCUAUAUAAGGUUUGAUUACUCAGGAGUUGGAAAUUCAGAUGGUAAUUUACAAGAAUGCACAGUGGGAAAAUGGAGAAAAGAUGUUCUUUCUAUAAUUGAUGACUUAGCUGUGGGCCCACAGAUACUAGUUGGAUCCAGCCUCGGUGGAUGGCUUAUGCUUCAUGCUGCAAUCGCAAGGCCACAAAAGGUUGUUGCUCUUAUUGGUAUAGCUACAGCUGUAGAUGGCCUAGUGAUACAGUUUAAUCAGCUUCCUACUGAGGUAAAAAAGGAAAUAGAAAUGAAAGGUGUGUGGACCAUGCCAUCUAAAUACAGUGAAGAGGGAGUUUAUCACAUUCAGUAUAGUUUCAUUAAAGAAGCUGAACACCACUGCUUGUUACAUAGUCCUAUUCCUGUGACCUGCCCUAUAAGAUUGCUCCAUGGCAUGAAGGAUGACAUCGUACCUUGGCAGACAUCCAUACAGGUUGCUGAUCGGUUAGUCAGCACAGAUGUAGAUGUCAUCCUCCGAAAACACAGUGACCACCGAAUGAAAGAAAAAGCGGACAUUCAACUUCUUGUUUACACUAUUGAUGACUUAAUUGAUAAGCUUUCAACUGUAGCUCAUUAGAAUGACAUUUUUCCUUGGUAUGUAAACUAAUGAAUCCAGAAGAUUGGAAGAGGGAUAACAAAUUAAAAGACCCUGAUUCUUAGGCUUUUUUUCCUUCUUUAUUUUAUAAAUAUCACAUGGGUAUUUAUUUAAUGAUGUAUUUGCACAAGAGAUCCAAAUUGUGAAGAAAAUACCAGCUACUUUCUGGAAGAUUUUCUUCUUCAAUCUUGAUUUUUUUUUUAAUUAAAAUAUUUCCUAUUUUUUCAAGAUGUAUUUACCUUUUAAUGCUUAAGUUAAUUGUGCCAGCUCUUAGUUGUGUUCUCUUCUACUUAGAAUUGUCAAUAAAGCUUGCAUUUUUUGUUUUGUAUCAUUGUAUAUGGAGAUUUGUAAAAUUGCUUCGGAUUUUAAAACUCACAAAAUAGAGAAUGUUUAUUGAAAUAAUCUGAAAUGGUUACAGAAAUGUCUGAGUACAAUAAAGUUUAAAAAAUAAGGAUAUUACUUUAUUAUAUUCUGCCUGUUA